CAAUUCUAUUUUUUAUUUAAUUUUUCAUAGGCAAUUUUCUUAAAUCUUCUGAAUUUAAUAAAAAAAUAAACAAUUUAAAAAAAAAAAUGGCAAAAACAAAGAAAAACAAAAAAGGAAAUUCCGAUAAUGUUCAUGCAAAAAAAGCCAAAUCAAAUCCCUUUUCCUCAACUGGUAGCGGCACAAAAAAAAUCAAUCCCUUCGAAGUGCAUAUAAAUAAAGAAAAAUUCAAUAUUCUUGGAAGAACCUGCAAACAUGACAAAGGUUUGCCGGGUGUAUCAAGAGCUAAAGCGGUACAAAAGAGGAAACAAACACUUGGCAAAGAAUUCAUGCUGAAAAACAAGAGCAAUGAAUUCAAAGAUAGACGUAUCGGAAGAAAUUCCGAAGUCAUUAACGAUGAGCUUCUGAAUGCUCGUUUUGUUGCUGAAAAGAUGUCUCAAUUUAAGAAAACAAGUCGAUUCAAUUUGAAUGAUGAUGAAGUUCUUACUCAUCGUGGUCAAACGUUGGAAGAAAUUGAACAAUUCCGCGAUAAUCGAUCCGAUGAUGAUAUGGAUGAUGAAGAUAUUUUGGAUGCAAACUUUACUAAAGCUGCUCAUUUCGGAGGUGAAGAUUCUCAUCAAGAUCGUAAAACAGCCAUCGAAGAAAUGAUUGCUGAAACUAAACUUCGAAAAGCUGAAUCGGCCAAGGAAAAAGAUGAACUCUAUGAAUUGACAAACAAACUUGAUAGCCAUUAUAAAGAGCUUAUUCCACUUGUUGGGAAACUAAGUAAACCCGAAGAUAUUGUCAAGCCAAAGCCGGAUGACUAUGAUAGAGCUUUGCGAGAAAUGAUAUUUGAGCCGCGAAGUGCGGUUAGUGAUAGAUUGAAAUCGGAAGAAGAAUUGGCACGCAUUGAAAAAGAACGUUUGGAAAAGUUGGAAAAUGAAAGGUUGGCAAGAAUGCGAGAUGGUGAGAGUACGGAUGAAAAACCAAAUCAUCGUUCAGCUGAUGAUUUGGAUGAUGGAUAUUUUGCUGGAUCGGAUGGCGAGGAAGCUGGAACAUUGGCGUACGAUUUGAAUGGCGAGUCGCUAUCAAACGACAAUAAAAAGCCUGCCAACGAAGAGGAAAGCGACGCAGAAAAGGCAAACAGUGAAGAAAGUAAUGCAGAAGAAGAAUCAGAUGGAGAAAUGAAUAAUGAAAAUAGUGCAGAAGAUGAAUCUGAAAAUGAAGAAAACGAAGACGAAGAUGAUGACGAAGAAGAUGAUGAAGAGGAUGACGAUGAGGAUGCUUUGAGUGAUCUAAAAGUGUCAGAUAGCGAAUCUGAAACAGAAGAAAUCCCAGAAAAGAAGCCCACAUCAGUUAAAACAAAAAAAGUUUUAGACAAGCCAAAAAACCAAGAUAAGCCUAGCACUGAUAGUAAACUACCGUUUGCAAUAGAUAUGCCUUCCAAUUAUGAAGAGCUUAAAGAAAUUUUAAGCCAGCACUCUCCCAAUGAUCAAGGUAUUUUAGUCGAACGUAUCAUAAAGUGCAAUCAUCCUAAAUUAGAUCCCAAAACUAAGGAAAAGAUUAAUAAACUUUUCGCCUACCUUCUUCAAUAUAUUAAUGACCUUUUCACUGAUGCUUCCACAGAAGAUGUAUCUCAUUCAUUUCAAGUAUUUGAUAAAAUUAAUCCUUUCUUAUAUGACUUAAUACACAUGAACCCGGAAAAGGCAUCACUCUGCCUUCUUGAUGUUAUUCAGGAAAAAUAUUCAGAAUACAAGAAAAAUAGUAAAUCAUAUCCAGGUUUGGAUACUCUUGUCUUUUUUAAAAUUGUCUCAAAUCUUUAUACAACUUCUGAUUACCGACAUAACGUAGUUACACCAUGCUACGUUUUUAUUAGUCAUAUAUUAUCCAAAGCCCGAGUGCGAACAAGGCAAGAUGUUGCAAUGGGUCUUUUCUUAGUCACUGUUGUACUAGAGUAUUCUCAAUUAUCUCGCCGCUUUGUUCCAUCAGCAUUAAAUUUCCUUCUUGGUGUUAUUUAUAUGUCACUUCCAAAGAGGGCAAUUGAGAAUUUGAAAAUAGUUCCACCAUUCAUGUCAACGGGUCCAUUUAAUAAGCUCUUAGCAAUCGGUGAAAAGCCAGAAGAGAAAAUGCUGGAAGUCGAUAAUCUUCUCACAGCAGAGGAUUUGGUUACUACUACAAUCUCUGUUGAUUUCAAAAUUCGAGCUCUUAAUUCAGCUUUAAUGCUAACUAAAGAUAUAUUUGAUGGAAUUUCCGAAAAUAUUGGUUCAAAUUUUUUGGCAGAGCCAUUUGUUCCCAUGAUGGAAAGAAUCAAUCUUGACAUAUAUCCUAAAUUUGUGGAAUCGAAUUAUGAAAAAACAAUGUCUACUCUUUCGAGUUUGGUGGAGAAACCCUUGAAGAAACUCGUACCACCUGAAAAGAAACCCAAAGCUCUUCGUCUUUUUGAACCUCGCAUAGAAACGGUUUAUGAUGAUAAGCGUCGUCCGAAAAUAUCGAAGGCGAAGGAAGAAAAGGUUAAACUUAUUCAUAAAAUUCGACGUGAGACAAAGGGUGCAGUUAGAGAAAUUCGCAGAGAUACUGAGUUCUUGCAGAAAAUACGUAUCAAACAACAGAUUCAAAGUGAUCAAGAGCGAAAGGAAAAAGUUAAACGGAUAUACCAGGAAGCUUCAGUUCAACAGGGAGAACUUAAUGAACUUAAGAGGCAAAAAACAAAAAAGACAUAAAACAAAUGUAGUUCUUAUUGUUUUAGGAUUUUGUUUUAAUUUUUUAAAGUUUAUAGGAUAUAUAAAUGUAUAUACAUUACAUUAAACGAAAUAUCUAAGGAUGUAAUAGACGAAAACUAAUUUUUACUCAA